AUGCAUGUACACGAUUCGAGGGCACUUUAUAGGUGCAGUAAAUGCGAGAACCGCUAUUACGACCUUUACCUCCUAGCUUCACACGAGUCGGGAUGCAAGGGCAAACAUGGAGAAAUCACAGCGCGAUUCGACAGCGUUUUCCGGGUCGAUUAUCAAAAGUCUAUGACCAGCAAAGCACCAUGCGUGCUUGCAAUAGUAAGAGCCUCGAGGGAACCACCUAAAGCUUGGAAGGCCGGAGAGGAGCACCUGGCCGAUGGCAUAAAGAUAUGGGCCAACAACCUUUUCGACGAGUUCGCGAACGACUACGAUAGCAAUGAGGGCAUCAAUGCUACACUCAUUGCGAUGUCCGGCGUCCAUACAUCAGUCGCCCCAACAGGAAAGUUCUCCCAAGCGCACACGACCACCGACCCAACCCGAAGGGCUUAUUAUGCUCGCGCAUAUAAAUAUACGCAUACUAUCGACAGGUUCCUGGAGCAUUUCACCGCUCGUGGAACCAAGCCUAUCAUACUUUCCAUCGGCCUAGAUGGUUUCGCAUGCAAGGCAGACCUCAUCCUGCCAUGGCUCCAGCGCUCUCCGUCUUUCACGCUCAUCAUCCGCUCACCGGAUUUGGUGUUUGGCAUGGACAUAGCCUACUUCCCUCAGCACAAUUCCGGCUUUUACUAUGGGCUCUUCGAGGCCAUGACCUUCUUGUAG